AACUCUCCGGGCGCUUUGUUUCAGUUGCCACCCAGUCGUCCGCUCUCGCUGUCGUGUGUUCUCGAUCGCGAGAUAUCGAAUACGAAAAACGAAACUAAUACGAAUACGAAUUUAGUUAAUGCCCCCGGAUCACCGGGAGAUAUGGUGAAACUCUGCGAUCCGAUAGGAAAAUCCCAGCGCGCGGCGCUAUAAAACUCAAGCGCAAGAUCGGUGGCAUACGGUACCAUAAAAGCGCAGGCCCUCGCGAUUUUCGUGUCACUCAAAGCCGACGCACAGAACCGAAAACUUGAAGAUCAAUCGCAAACUGGGAAUACCAGAAGCCUUGAUCAGUGCUUAAUAACAAAUAACCAAUAACCAAUCACCAAUAACAAAUUAGCCAAUUCGAGACAUUUCAUCAGUGAACAGCCAAAAACGGUUCCACUAAAGCAAAGCGACGAGAGAGCGAAACUAAAGUGAAAAGCAAACCGACUAAUUGAAGUGUCUGCCUGAGUCUCGCAAACGUGCAAAGGAAACAAACAAAACGGAAUAGACAGCAUAUCACAAAGAGCUACCGCGCAAAAUAUUUAUAAAUAAAUACCCACCGACGACCACUACGGCAACAGAAACUGAAAUAGAAACUGAAACAGAAACUGAAACUGAAACUGAAACUGAAACUGAAACUGAAACAGAAACAGUAAACGCUAAAAAUAUAAAAGCAUUAACAUUUAGUCGUGCCAGUUUGUUUGUUUUUAAUAUACGCAAAGCCCAAUAAAAACGAUCAACAACAAAGUUGUAGCAAUAAGAAAAUUGGUAUAAGCCACUACCGACCCGCCAAUCUCCUGCUGUAUAUUAUUAUAAAUCUCCGACGCAGACGGUCGCCGUCCAUAGACUAUAUAUAUAGUAGUAUACCCACCUGAUUACCUCAAAAUCGGAAACAAUGACACCCAUGUGGCAGACGCUACUUAAAAUCCUGGUGCUGCUCUUCGCCAUGUUCACCGCGAUAGUUUUAAUCUGUAGCGAAAUGUCGAAGCGGCACGAUGCCGAAUCGUUGGCAAUAAACGCAACUAAAGAACUGGCAGUCUUAAGGUACUAUAUAAAGCGACUGCAGCUCAAGGAGGUCACGGAUUUUGAAUCGAUGCCGAAAGAGCUUAAGGCCAUGGAAAAUGAUGCUGCCCUCGAAGACAUCUUCAUAGUGACGAAUGAACCGGGUGUUAUCCUCUGGAAUACAACGACCGCCGACAGUGCACCCCUCAUGCCCAUACCCACCAAGAGCGGCGAUCCGCCGCAGAAUCAGUCCCCGAACCGCCAUUACCAUCAGUAUCACAGCCUGAGCCAGCCAGAUCAAUACUUCAAAGGGUCAAAACCGGACGCAGUGCAAGCGGAUCAACCGGAGAAGCCGGCCCAGCACCGAGUACCCUCGAACACCUUUGUCUUCCCCGAUUCCUCAGGCACGUUUCGGUACCAGCCCUGCGGAAAGGAUAGCAACGAGGAGUCCAGGUCCUUCUGCACCCAGGUGGACGACUAUCCGGACCUGUCCGCCUUGAAGGUGAAGCUGGAGAACAAGUUUGCCAAGUUCUUCCUCGACGACCUCCAGCCCACGGACGUGAGUGCCCGCGUGGGCUCCCCCGACGACGAUGAGGUGUUCCUCUGCAAGACCAACCGGAGGAUUAUGUAUCCCAAGAAGGGCCAACGGGCGGACAACACCUGGCAGUUGAUCGUCAAUAACGAGGAGUACAAGCAGGGCAUCCAGAUCGAGGAGUGCGAAGGAGCGGAUCAACCCUGCGACUAUACCGCCAACUUUCCGAAUACUUACAAGCCCAUUUGCAAACAGCACUACGUGCUGCAAAACCUAGCCAGCAUUGAGACCUCGGGCAAACUGGACGUUGUGCAGCAGACCUUCAAGAUCCCCUCCUGCUGCAAGUGUGCCCUGAAGCGGGUUUGAAUCUGCAGGCGGGGAAUCUCAAGUCGAAAGCUGCGAAAAUGUGAUUUUGAGCAUCAAGUGUCACCCACCACAGGAUGGCAGGCCAAACUGUCCAGGGGUCGUUGUUUUAUAUUAUAAUCUGUACUUUUGUAGCUCUUUUCUACGCCCACAAAAUGCAAUUGUAAUCUGCUCGUUAAUGCAGAAUCCACGCUUAGACUAAUGUGCAUAAUAAUUUAGAGAUUUAAGUCGAGUCACUGUAAACAUAUUCGUGUCAUAUAUAUACAUACGUUUUUGGCUUCCUCGUUUGAUGUCUAAGCUAGAAAUGCAUGUAAUUAGUCCUAGAAUACAAACGAAAAAAAAAGCAUAAAAAAAAAUGCCAUCUAGAAAAUGUAUUUUAAAAAAGAGAUAAUGUAUAAUAAAUGUAUGCAAGUACAUGCCAGCAAAGUAAA